AUCAUCAAGUUUGUUAGCAUUUUACCAAAAAUAAAUUUAGGCUUUUUAUUUUUGAUUUAAUUAUACAGCUGACUAAUUCAAAAAUAAUUUUCCCACGUGUUUGUGAAUGGGUUUUUAGUGUCAAGUAUAAAGUUAUUAGGUAUAGGCUUGAGAACGAAAACGGGUCAAGGCUCUACGGGUGUUAGCUCAGCGUUGACUUUCAAGUGUCAGUGGCAUGUGGGUUGUUCCUAACAAGAGUUCGCCUCGAACUUGUAUCAAUAAGUUAUAAAUAUGAAAUGAGCUCAAGAAAUACAUUUGUUAUUGCCACGCAGCUGGGACACACGCCCGAGUUUUAUGUGGAUAUGGAUAAAUCUAAGGAUGUGCUCACCUACUCGGAGCUCUUGACUAUUUUUGGGGCCGAGGAAAUGGAGAACCAGUUGCUCAGUGAUCAAGGUCAGGCGCAGCCUGUAAGCUUUCAGGCGAAUCCCAUCUUCAAAACGGAACAAGGCAAAUAUCUGGCAGACACAUUGGCCGAUCCCUUGAUCAAGGCAUUAACAGAGAUUGCCAACAAGCGUCCCAAGGAUCCCGUUGCCUAUCUGGCCAGCUAUCUGCAGCAUUUUAUGGGUGAACGCAAACCCAUUACGGAGGCAGAAGUCCACUCGGGCAGCAGCAGCAAGACGAGCAGCAAUUCAACAGCUUUGGCCAGCUCCAACUCCAAGGUGAAUGGCAAUCGCAUUGCCAACAAUCGCCCACAACUUGUGGAGCUCGAUGCACGUUCGCUGGUCGAGCAGCAGCAGCUGCAGGAGGAGGAUGAUGACGAGGAUGGCGCUCUCGCUGUGCAACAUAUGGAGGAACGGGAUGAGCAUGGCCAGAGCAUGUUGCACUUUGCCUGCGCUCGUUCGCAUCGUCGUGGGGCGCUCUACACACUCAUCGAGGAGUCACGCAUCGAUAUCACCUACAGGGAUGAGUUGUAUCGUACGGCCAGAGAUGUCGCACUGCAGGCGAAUCAGCCCAAUAAUGCUGCGGAAAUCGAUAGAUUUCUGCUCGCUCAGGCAGUUGUUGGUGAUGUGGACAGCUUUGAGCAGUUGGCUUUGCAAGGUUACGAUCAUAUACUGGACAUUGAGGACGAGAGCGGCAAAACCAUUUUGGAUGUGGCUGGCGAGCGACAGAAUGAGGCGCUUGUCAACUUUUUGAACAGCUUGCGCGCUAUGGAGGAAGCGCGUGAGGAGCUGCAUCAAAUGAUACGCGACAAGAAUUUGGUGCGCAUAAAGGAGCUGACUGCCGUGCCCAAUGCCAAGUGGCUGAUCAGGACCAAAAACUACUAUGGUCGCACUGCUCUGCACAUAGCUGUGCUCAAGGAGUCAGAGGAAAUGGUUCAGCACUUGGUGCAGCUUUGUCCUGAGGCACUCAAAGUCACGGAUAAUCUUGAACGCACUGUUUUGCAUUAUGCUUUGGGCACCAAUUUCUGCGAGACAGUAAGUCGUAUUCUUAUACAGAACGGCGCCAAGCGCACGGCAAAGGAUCUCAAGGGUAGGCAGCCGAGCUACUACUUCAUUAAUAAGGCGGACAUACUGCGGCUACAGGAGGAGGAGGAGGAGAGUCGCUGAUCAACAGUAAUUUAAGCAAUUCUUAAUGUAUAGCCAUCGUCUAGCUCUAAGCUGUUCUAGUUAAAUAAAA